AUGGAACCCAAGACCUCUGUCCAAAAAUGGGUCGCUUUUGAUGGUUUGGGCUGCGCUUUCCAAACUCUGAACUUGCUGAAUCAAUUCAAUCCCGCAUCAGGUCGUAAACUGCAUCUAUCACCAAUAAAUUCUGCUGCCUUUGCUUUAGAUUGCUACUUUGUAACUGUGCAUGUCGACUCCUUCAUCUAUCUUUUAGCCCCACCCCUCGUCAGCGGAGAAGGUGAACUGUCAACGUUUGAGAUUUUUGUUGCCAAACCGUAA